AUGGAGAUCGCGCUGCAUGACCCUCGCACGCCCCUCGAGCACUCGCUCGACGAGCGCGAGGGCUGGUCUGACGAGGAGCGCAACCGCCGCUGGCUCGCCGAGCGGCUCAUGCCGCCGGCCGAGCUCUCGCACCUCGGCGCCGUGCUUAGCUGGCGCGCACAGACUAGUCCAGACUACAAGGUGCUCAACUGGACGGAGCCGAAGGGCAAGUACGACCUCCAGGUGACGCGUUCGCUCACGUAUGCCGAGCUCUGGGAGCAGGCGUCGCGUGUGGCGCGCAUGCUCCGCGACGAGUGCGGCGUGCAGCCCGGCGACCGCGUGCUCUGCGUCUUUGAGUUCGGCCUCAACUACUGGCCGGCGUUCUGCGGAUGCUUUCUCGCGGGCGCAGUGGCCGUGCCGGCGUACCCGCCCGACCCGACCAAGCUGCAGGCGCGCCUGCCGGCCUUCUCGCGCAUCGCCAAGGAGAGCGGCGCCAAGAUGUGCCUGACGUCGGUGCUGUACUGGCGCGCCGCCUUCGUCUCGAGCGGCCUGUCGCGCAUGCGCAACUUCGUGGCACGCAACGGCCGCUCCGUCGAGUGGCCGCCGCUGACGUGGAAGACGACGGACAGCCUCAAGCCCGACGGCUUUCCCGUCGACUACGGCGCCUUCCACAGGCCGGCCGACGAUGACCUGGCCUUCAUCCAGUACACCUCGGGCAGCACGAGCGACGGCGGAAAGGGCGUGAUGGUCACCCACCGGGCACUGCGUGCGAAUCUCGAGGCCAUCGGCUAUGCCUCGAAGCACGUGCCGGGCGACCGCGUGUUCAGCUGGCUACCGGCCGGGCACGACAUGGGCCUCGUGGGCUCGUACCUCUGUGCGCUGUGGGGCUCGUCGCAGGGCUUCUACGCGAGCCCGAUUGAGUUCAUCAAGAACCCGAUGAUCUGGAUGACGGGCAUGUCCAAGUUCCAGGCCAGCUUCUCGCAGGGCCCGAACUUCGCGUGGGCCUUGGCAGUCAAGAAGUACGACGGACGGCCGCUGGAUCUGUCGUACAUGCGCAUCCUGAUCAACGGCGCCGAGCCGGUGCGGCCCGACACCCUGCGAGCGUUCCUCGCGCUGUACGCGCCGAUGGGCCUCUCGCCGAGCUCUGCCCGCCCAAGUUUCGGCCUCGCAGAGAGUUGCGUCUACGUGACGGGCAACGACUACCCCAAGGAGAUCGACGGCGACAUCAUCAGUGCCGAGGGCUAUGUGCUGCUCGGCCCCGCCAAGCACCGCGACACCGACAUCCGCAUCGUCGACCUGCAGACGUGCAGGGAGGUGCCGCCGGGCUGCGAGGGCGAGAUCUGGGUCACGAGCCAGAGUCUGGCGAUCGGCUACUGGGGCCGCCAAGAGCUGAGUCAGACUGCCUUCUACGCGCGCCUGGAAGGCACAGAUCCCGCCAUUCGCUGGCUGCGCACCGGUGACCUGGGCCGCCUGGUGCCUCGAGGCGGCGACGAGCGCCUGCAUCUGGUCGUCAGCGGCCGCGAGCGCGACAUGAUCAUCCUUGGCGGCGUCAACAAGUUUCCGACAGACAUCGAGGCCGAGGUCGCGGACGCGGCGCCCGAGCUUCUGCGUCCCGGCUGUGCGGCCGCCUUUGCCGUGCCGCUGGAUCCGGAAGGGCAGGAGAUCAUCCUCGUGACCGAGGUCAGGGACGCGAAAGACGUUCGCGUGACGGAUGCCGCUGCACGCCGCGCUCUUGCCGAGGAGCUCGCGUGUGGCGUGUGGGACGCCACCGAGGUGCCACUGUCGUCGAUCGUCUUCAUUCCGCCUCGCAGCAUCUGCAAGACGACGUCGGGCAAGGUGCAGCGUCGCCUGUGCGCUUCUCUGCUUGCCAGCCAAAGCAAGGAUCUGCCGAUCCUCUGGCGCGAGGACAGCCUCGAGACGCCCGUGGGCAAGCACAUUCUGCGCUCUCAAGUACAGGCAGCGCUGGCGGAAACGGAACACUCGGACGAGCUUGCAGCGCACAUCGAAGAGAUCAUCAGCGAGGUGCUCGGUGCCACGCUGGCGGCAGCAGCGCCAGGCGAAGGCGCGACGCUGGCACAGCGCGGGCUGGACUCGAUCCAGCUGAUGCGUGCAAGCAGUCUCAUCAAGCAGCGCCUCGGCAUCUCCAUCGGCCUCACAGACGUCGGCAGUCUGCAAGACGCCCAGAGUCUGGCUGUGCAUGUUCGCAAGCACUGCGCCGCUGGCGGCGCACUUGCGCUGGACGCCGACGCGCCCAAGACGAUCGUUCCGGACCCGGCUGCGCGCUAUGAGCCUUUCCCGCUCAUGGACAUGCAGUCGGCGUAUCUCUUCGGGCGCACCGCCGCGGUCGACGGGCUGGCGCCCAUUGGCUGCCAGAUCUACGAGGAGAUCGAGCUUACAGGCCCGCUGCGCGUCGAGCGCUACCAGACUGCGCUGCGCAGCCUCGUGCAGAGACACGAUGCCCUGCGCGUAGUGUUCGAUCUGGACACUCUGACGCAGCGUGUCCUGCCCGAAGUGCCCGAUGUGCAGAUCGAGGUGCUCGACCUCGACGGCAUGGGCGACCAAGAGGAGCAGAGUGUCGUUCUGCAGAGCAUCCGCGAGGAGAUGUGCUCGCAAAUUCUGCCGGCUGAUGAGGCGCCGCUGCUGCAACAGCGCCUCACAAUCCUUGCGCCGGGACGUGCCUUCCUGCACAUCGCCAUCGACCUGCUGCCGCUCGACUUCUACAGCAUCGGCCUCAUCCUGGAGGAACUGCGCGCGCAGCUGCAGCAGGAGAGUCCGAGCUUCGCGCCGCUCGAGCUCACGUUCCGCGACUGUGUCCUUGCGCAAGCAGCCAGCCGCAAGUCUCGCGCGUACGCCCUUGACCGAGCGUACUGGACGGAGCGCGCACAGAGCUUCGCAGCGGCACCUGAGCUUCCGACGCUGCCGCGCGAGCUCGGCUCUGCUUUGCCGCCGGCCUUCCGUCGCUACCAGCAUCGGCUGAGUGCUGAUGUGUGGCUCCGCACGGAAGCUCUCUGCAAGCAGCGGGGCACCAAUGAGACGGCUCUGCUGGCCUCGGUGUACGCAGCCGUGCUCAGCCGCUGGUCCGGCUCGCCGCUCAUGGCCAUCAACUUGACGAUCUUCAACCGCCUCUCGCUUCCAUCGCACGCCGACCUCUCCCGCGUUCUCGGCGACUUCACGUCCUCGCUUCUGCUGGAACUGUCGGCCGCCGCGAGCGAGAGCCUGGCGACGCAGGCCGCGCGUGCCACCAAGCAGCUCGGCCAGGACAUAGCGCACUCAAUGUUCAGCGGCAUCGAACUCAUGCGGCACAUGCGCAGCGUCGGCAUCGACUACAAGUCCAACGGCUUCGUCUUCACAAGCAUCCUCAACCACGCGCUCGAUCUCGGGCACUUUGAGCGCAACCUCGGAGGCCGGCGUGUGUAUGGCGUGAGCUCCACGCCGGGCGUGCUCGUCGACUUCCAGGCAAUCAAGGAGAGCGACGGAGGCCUCAUGGUGCGCUGGGACUGCCGCGACGGCGUCUUUCCGCCUGGCAUGCUGGACACAAUGUUCAGGGCCUUCACCUCGGUGCUUGACUCGCUGCCAAAGGAGCGUGCCUGGGAUGCGCCCGUUGACGUUCGGCUCGGCUCGGAUCUCGAAGCGCGGCAGCAGGCCAACUCGACGCAGCAGAAUGUCGGCGCGCCUGACCUCCUGCACCUUGCGUUCCAACAGAUCGCUUCCACGCAGCCGACGCGCGCCGCCAUUUGCGCUCCUGACGGCUUGGUCGUCAGCUAUGGCGCCCUGCUCGUCAAGGCCACGCGCACGGCCGCAUUGCUCGAGCCUCUCUUCGACGGCGUCCCGCGAGGCGAGCGCAAGGUGGCAGUCUUCGCCAAGCGGGGCUGGCGUCAAGCGGCCGCCGCCCUCGCUGCUCACUAUGCAGGUGCAGCAUGGGUGCCGCUCGCCACCGACCUGCCGCCUGCUCGUAUCACCAAGAUUCUGCACGGCUGUCGUUGCACGAUUGUCCUCGCCGACGAAGAAGCCGUUUCCAAGCUGCGAGGCGACCUCGCAGACCCGGCGGUGCGCGUUCAAGCUCUGGACGCCACGGUGCCGGACGUCGACGAUGAGCACCCCGACUUCACCUCUGGCGCCCAGCCGAGCUCGCCAGCAUACAUCAUCCACACGUCAGGCUCGACGGGCGAGCCCAAAGGCGUCGUCGUUUCGCACGAGGCCGCCGCAAACACCUGCUGGGACCUCUUCUCGCGCUUCUCGAUCACGUCGGACGACUGUCUUCUUGCCGUCUCGCGCCUCGGCUUCGACCUCAGCGUCUUCGAUCUCGCGCUCCUCGGCCUCGGAUGCCGUCUCGUGACGGUGUCGCAGGAGACCGAGAGUGAUCCAGCUCAUUGGCUCGAGCUCGUCAUGCGGCAUCGCUGCACCAUCUGGAAUAGCGUGCCGGUCGCGCUGCAGAUGCUCCUGGAGAUCGCCGACACGCCGCAGCAGCUGGCAUCGCUCCGACUGGCAAUGGUGUCUGGCGACGUCGUGCCUGCGCCGCUCGUGCAGCGUGUGCGUGCAGAGCACUCGGGACUGCGCCUGUGGUCGCUCGGCGGCGCCACCGAGUGCUCGAUCUGGUCGAUUGCCUACCCAUGCGACGAGAUGGUCGACACCCGGCGGCGCGUGCCCUACGGCCGUCCGCUGGCGAAUCAGCGCUGGCACGUGCUCAGCAGCGUCUCGCCUCUGCAGCAUGCGCCGACGUGGGUGACUGGCGAGCUGGUCAUUGCUGGGAAGGGCCUCGCCAUCGGCUACACGGAUCCCGCCAAGACAGCGGCCAGCUUCGUGACUGAUCCGGCCUCGGGUGAGCGCCUGUAUCGCACCGGCGACCUCGGACGCUACCUGCCCGACGGCACCAUCGAGAUCCUCGGGCGCAUGGACAGCCAGGUCAAGACUGACGGCGGGCACCGCGUCGAGCUGACGGAGAUCGAGAGCACCAUCGACGGCAUCGUCGGCGUCAAGCAGUCGGUCGUCGCUCUGCAGCCAGACCGCACGCUCGUCGCCUUCAUCACGACUGAGCAGGCUGGCGACGAGGCCCCGGAGAUGGAUCCUGUCGAGAAGGCCGCCUUCCGCGACCGGCAGCUCGGCAUCCUGGCUGCGUCGGGAGACGCGCUCGAGGUGCCCGGCGCCCCCAUCGACGAGACGCUCGUGGUCCAGCGCAAGUCGUAUCGCUCUUUCGAGUCUCAGACCCUCCCGGCCCAGACGGUGCAUGCUUGGCUCGACCAGGCGUUGGGCCCCGACCUCCCGCACGGCAUCGCGCCUGGCCGCACAACAGAUGUCAAGCUCUUCGCGUCGAGCUUCUUCGCGCUCAAGCUGGGCGACUCGUGGAAGUACGCCUAUCCGUCGGCAGGCGGCCUCUAUCCUUGCCGCGCCUUCCUCGAGGUCGGGCCCGGUCACGAGGUGCAGGCGGGCAUCUACUACAUCCAUCUACAGCGUCAAAGCCUCGUGCUCGUCAAGCAGCCUCCGACGACCACUCCUCUGGCCGAGGGCACGCUCCGCCUCUCCAUCGUUGCGCACGAGCCCGCCAUAGAGCCAGCGUAUGGUAAGGCCUGGCGUGAGCUCGCCACGUGGGAAGCAGGCUACAUGCUGGGCCUUGCUUCCGACGCUGCGGCACGGCAAGGCGCCUGUCUGGAGCCGUGCGACGGCACCUCGCGGCUUGCAGACGUCAUCGACCCGCAAGAGGACGUCGUGCUCUGCACGUUCAGCGUUGCCAGCAAAUCCGCCUCUUCGUCGCUCUCUACGUCCGGCGAAAUGCUGCUCUUCGUGCGACGAGGCGCGAUCGAAGGCCUCGACGAGCCGUCGCUCUUCCGCGUCACGGGCGCAGGCCUCGAGCCCAUCGGCACGCCCGCCGAGGCUCGCGAGAUUGACGCCACGGGCGCGCUCGGCGAGAACGGCACGACGCUUGCCAGCAGCAGGCUCGUCGUGUGCCUGCUGGCCGAUCUUCGCGAUGCGCUCGAGGUAGGCCGCGCUGCGUGGCGGCUGCAGACGCGCGGCCUCAAGCACGGCAUCGGAAGCUGCCCGAUCCCGCGGCUGGACGCGGCGACAAGCAGCCUCGUCGAGGCACACGCGCUGGACAGCAAGCACCGCAUCGCUCAGGUGCUGCUCUGCGGGCCGGUCUCGCAGGCGCAGCUUCUCGAGCGCGCAUGGCCGUCGGGCUCGAGCCUGCGUCUGCCGCGCGUCGACCCGGUCAAGCACUACGUUGCCAAGCGGCUGCCGAGCUACAUGGUCCCCGCACGCGUCAUCUACCUCUCCUCCCUGCCGCUGUCGUCGAACGGCAAGGUCGACCGCAAGGCGCUGCCGAUGCCGAGCAACACCCUUGCAGAUGCGACGACAGAGGGCGCCGAGCGACCGUUCGCCGAGCCCGCGACCGAGGUGGAGCGCCGUGUGCGCACCAUCGUUGCGCAGCUGCUCGAGGUCGACGAGACGACGAUCUCGGUCGAGACGGACUUCUUUGCCGCCGGCGGCAACUCGCUGCAGGCCGUGCGCCUGAUCACGCGCCUCAAGAAGGAGUUCGAGGUCACCGCGGACUACGUGACGCUCUUCCAGGAGCCGACGGUGCGCACCAUCGCCGCCUGCUGCAGCCAGCGCUCUCUUCUGGGCGCCGCAGCGGCGGGCCUGGGCUCACUCCUGGGCCGCGCAGCGUGA